UUACGACAACGCUGACGUUGUGUAAACAAACUUCCUAGUUUGCUAUUACUACUGGUAAAAUAAUUAGAAAUUAUGAUUUUUAACCCGCUAUUUCCGGAUAAAAUAGGCCAAAAAAAUGGACGAGACGACUCUGCAGCUUAAACUAAAGCGUGGUUGACCGGUAGCGAUAUUUUGAAUGCGUUUGUUGAGUUAUUUUUAGGUCCCCUUCAAGUAUCGAUGGAGCAAAAGCUCGCUGAGUUUAGAGCUCGACGACAGGCUGCAAACGCCAAUAAAAUGGAUAAAGGCGAUGUUUCAGAGAAACAAGAAAAACCUGAAGCUCUAAAUCCUGUCAUACCAUCAACAGAUAAAGAAAAAGUAAAUACAGCUCAAACUCAGGACCAGAGGGACUGGCUGCUGGACAAUGCUGUAGGCCGAUGGUUGGCUUCAAGACAGCUUAUCAUCUCAAACCUCACUCUGCUGAAAGUGUUGCUGUGGUUGGUGCUGCUCGGGCUCUUUGUUGAACUAGGGUUUGGUUUGCCCUUCUUUGUCCUUUCUCUAUUCUACUGGAUCUAUGAGGGACUUCGUACACCAGCGGCCCGUGAACCUGGAGAAAUGAGCGCUUAUUCUGUCUUCAACCCAGACUGUCAGCCUCUGCUGGGCACUCUUACUGCAGAGCAACUGGAGGGAGAGAUGGGUUACAGGCCUUUGGCAAACAGAUGAAAUAAUUUGAACAUUUGAAAAAAAUAUAUUUAAAGGAGUUUAUUAUUGCAUGGAAUAAACACAGAAAAUAAAAUAUUAUUUUUUUAAAAUCA